GAGUAGCGUGGAUCCGUCUUCUCGAAUCGUCAAAGUCACUCUCCCUUUCUACGAGGCCAUCGUGCGACAGGUCCCGGAUGCGAAACACGAUAUAGCAUACACGAGAUUCCUUUGACACUUCGACACAGGGAGAGAACGAAAAGAGAUAGAUGUCGUGCGUGAAUCUAAUCACAUGGCGACAAUCGAAAAGCAGAAUGUGACGAAAAUUCGUCCGAGAAGAUAGCACACUUUGUUACUUACACCAUAUAUUACUCCUAUAAUGAAUCGAGAAAAGAAGAGAAAAGAAGUGUCAGAUGAAUUAAAUGAAGCAGUUACUAAAAAAAAGUUCAAAAAUGGUCUUUAUAAGCAGCCGACAGUUGAAGAACUCAAUCAGCUUAGGGAAACCGAGAAUUUAUUCCAUUCAAAUUUGUUCCGGCUUCAAAUUGAAGAGAUUCUCAAUGAAGUAAAGCUUAAAACUAAAUACAAAGCAUUAUUUGAAAUUUGGUUCAAGAAGUUGAAAGCAGCAAUUGAAUCUAUUGAGGAGACUGAAGAAAUUCCACUUGUAAAUAAUGAUUUGGGUGAUAAAUUGGACGUUUAUAUUCCUGCACCACAUGUACCACAAGAAACUAGAGGUGUUUUCAAGUUUUUAAAACCAUCUAACAUUAGUGUGAUUGGAUCUUACAAUUCGGGAUGUAUUCUUGGGCCUACCGUUACUGUGGAUAUAAUGGUAGAAAUGCCGGCUAGUUUAUUUCGCAAACAAGAUUAUCAGAAUUACAUAUAUUUUAGAAAAAGAGCAACAUAUUUGGCGUUUGUAACGUCAGUUAUAGGGAGCGAUCUCGCAGAGAGCAAAAAAUUUAUCGGCGAUGAUUUAAGACCUUCCUUGAAACUUCGGCCUAGUGGAAAAUUGAACAAGAAGAUAGAUGUAGUAAUACACAUAUCUAUGCAGAAAACUAGUUUUAAACUAAACAGAUUUUUGCCAGAGAAAAAUAGUGUCAGACCAGCAUGGUAUUUUGAUAAGAAAUCUUUGGAUGCCACAGCAUCUUUAUCGCCUACCCCUCACUAUAAUUCUUUAGUACUGUGUGAUUUAGUAAUGCCAAGUAUAAAUUCUGAGAUGGUGCAAGCAAUAAGAGAGUAUCCCAAUUUGAGGGACGGUAUAAUCUUGCUGAAAAUAUGGUUGCAUCAACGCGAAUUGAGUAAAGGAUAUGACGGCUUCACCGGUCAUAUCGUCACAAUGUUUGUGAUUUAUCUUUUACGAAUGAAAAAACUUAAUACAUUUAUGAGUAGUUAUCAAGUUGUGCGGAAUGUCUGGAUUUGCUUAGCACAGGGAAAUUGGUGCAAGGAUGGAAUCACCAUGUGCGAGGACAAAGAUAAUCAGAAACAAGUCUCUCAUUAUCACAAUUAUUAUGAUUGUGUAUUUCUUGAUAGUACCGGUUAUCACAAUUUUGCUGCGAAUCUGUCAAAGGAUACUUUUGCAUGGGCGCAGAGAGAAGCAGAACUUUGUUUGAAUCAUUUGGAUAGUAUACAUAUGGACAGUUUUCAAGCACUUUUUAUGCGAAGUGUACCAUUUCAUAGAGCAUUUGAUCAAAUCUUAUGUUUUCAGAACAAGACAGUUUCAGAAAAAAUCCUUGAAAAAUCUAGCAUUGAUGACAAAGUCAAUUAUGGGCCUGAUAAACGUAAUCAGGUGAUCAAGCUACUUGUUGAAGUUUUAAAGAAAGGUCUAGAACACAGAAUUAAUCGAUUGUGCAUAUUACCCAAUGUACCUAAGGAAUGGGAAUGCACCCAAGAUAUCCCAGAUGAUACUGGAAAGCUCAUUAUUGGAUUAGAAUUGAAUCCUGAAAUAUGUUUUGGCAUUGUGGACAAAGGACCUGAAGCAAAUUUACCAGAAGCAGUCGACUUUAGAAAUUUUUGGGGCGUCAAGUCUGAAUUACGUAGAUUUAAAGAUGGUUCCAUUCGUGAGGCUGUGGUUUGGUCAAAAGGCAAAUCUUUCGCGCAAAAGAGAAUAAUAUGCAAAAAAAUAAUAGCAUUUUUACUAAAAACAAAGUUUAAUAUUUUGGAAGAUCAAUAUUUGUAUGUUGCGGAUCAAGUGGAAAAUUUGCUGAAGUUGCACAAGUACAAAAUAACACACUUUAUAUAUGGCACUGGUGAAGAAGCUACGCUGAAAGCUUUACAAGCUUUUAACGUCUUGGAGAAGAAUUUGAUGUCACUGAAUGAUAUGCCUCUGACAAUUAAUGGUGUUCAAGGCUCGAGUCCGAUUUUUCGAUACACAGAAGUCUUUCCGCCGCUUGCUACCGUUCAUCGGAGCAUCAAUGAUAUCACUGAGGAGGGCAAAAAUUGUUUGAUCCUUUCGAAAAAAAUCACAAAAUGCCCCGCAUAUGUUCACGCGCUCGAUGCGACGUUACAAUUAUCGAUCAGUGGAAAGUGGCCCGAGGAAUUGGAAGCUAUUAGAAAAACGAAAGCGGCAUUUCACAUACAAAUCGCGGAAUGCCUUAGACAGCAGCAUCAACUGAAAGCACAAGCCAAUCCCUCUUAUGUUGAUGUAUAUCAGGACGGAUUUGUUUUCCGGUUAAGAGUAGCGCAUCAAAAGGAAAUUGCUUUAGUGAAGCAAGUCAAGGAAGAUGGAGUGAUUAAAUACAAAGACAAUGAAGAAUCUAUUGAGUUGGAAAAUAAAUUAUUCCAUUUACCAAAAUUGAGCAGUGCUUUGCAUGGAUUGCAUUCUCAACAACCGUCGUUUGGUCCCGCUUGCUGUUUAACAAAACGGUGGCUGUCGGCACAACUGUUGGAUGAUACUCACAUACCGGAAGUUGUAGUUGAAUUGCUUAUGGCGUCGAUAUAUCUGACGCCAGAACCAUAUAAACCUGCUCAGAUGCCGCAAGUGGCAUUUUUAAGAUUUUUGGAAGUUAUUGCAAGAUCUCAUUGGAAUACCGAUCCUGUCAUCGUUAAUUUCAAUGGCGAAAUGACCAAAGAAGAAAUCUCCGCCAUAGAAACAUUAUUUAAUACAACUCGCGCUUCGCUACCACCUUUAUUUGUAUCUACCCCUUAUGAUCAGCAGAAAUCCUUGUGGACAAGGAAAGCACCAUCUCAGUUGAUCUUAAAUCGAAUGAGUAUACUUGCGAAGGAAUCAUUGAAACUUUUUGAUGAUCUAUUGUUAAAUAAUACGGUUCUGGAUGUAAAACCUAUAUUUCGUCCUUCGCUAAAAGAAUACGACUGUUUGUUAUAUCUGAAAACAAAUAUGAACCCUAGAAGACUGCAAGCGGUCGAUGUAUCCAAUAACGCGGAAAUCGUCGAUCUACAUCCGUACAAAGCGCAUUCACUUCAAAAAAUUCCAGUCACGGACUUUGAUCCUGUACAAUGUUUCCUGAAAGAUCUAAGAGACGGUUACGGUGACUAUGCCUUAUUUUUCCACGAUACUUAUGGUGGUACGGUGAUCGGAGUUCUGUUGAAACCUGCUGCUCUCGAAUACAAAGAUUUUAAAGUGGCAGAUGUCGAUUGCAGGAAACUAAACGGCGAUGGUAAACUCGUUUUAAAUGUAUCGGCAAUGAUUGAAGAUUUUUAUGUUUUGGGAAAAGGUAUUAUACGCGCAAUCAAUGUUCCGAGUAAAGGAUUGUCCUUGACGACGUCACAAGCGACCUUCAAUCCAAGGCCGGUGUUAAAUGACUGCACGACUGGAAAUACGUGUUGAUAGAAUAUCCGUUCUUAUUAAUCUUGUUGUAUAUUUCUAAAAAAUAUGUCAUUUUUUUAAUUUCAAAUAACGAAUUAAGAUAAU